AUGAGUCAAGAAAAGAUUCAAGAACAACAUCAUCAUCAUGUUGACGAAAAAAUAGAUCUCAUUAACACUAUAGAUCAUGAUUCAUUGGCACAAAUAUUCAUGCUGCUGUCAGUACCCGAAAGAAUGACCAUGGAAAAAGUUUGUACCAAAUGGGAAGAGGCAUGUAAACUAGCUUGGUACGACAUUAAAGAAUACACAUUCGGCGAAUCAAUUGGUCGUUUUUUUGAUGAUAAUUUGUUGACAAAAUCAUAUGUUGAAAAAUUAUUAUCAAAUUUUGGUAAUUAUUUGAGAGAUUUGUUUCUUUUGGAAAAUUGCGAUUCAAGUAUCAUGCCAAUCAAUAUAAGAAAAUUCAAACAACUUCAAUAUUUGUCAUUGAGUGGCUGCCUUCUAGAUGACAUGAUUCAAGGAAUAUCCGAGACAACAACACUUGUAGAACUCAGUCUUCUCAAUUCUUUUGUGAGUGAAGACUGCUCGUACAAUCCUGUUGAUAUUUUUAAUCAAUUUGUAAAUUUAGAAUAUAUUGACAUUGAUAAUCCAUGGGUAAUAAAUACUCCAAACGUACUCAAUAAUAUUUUAAAUUCAUCCAAGAGUAUAAGAUAUUGCAAUAUUAUGUUGCUUCCAGAUUGGGAUGCACCUGAUAUUUCAAUUAAAGAUUGGGAUAAUCUUCAAAACUUGGAACAUCUCGAUAGCAGUCUUCUUGCUAUUGCUUAUUCAUGCGAAAAUCUACAAAAAUUAGAUAUAAGUUCAUGCAUUUAUAUUACUGAAGAAGCUCUCAUGUCUUUAACGAGCUUGGAAAAUUUAAAAGAAUUAAGUGUCGGUAAUAUUGAUGGUGUUACAGAUAAUUUUAUCAGUCAAUUGAAAGGAUUAGAAAAAUUUUUUUGUGAAUAUUGUAAAAAUAUUACUGAUGCUGGUAUCAUCGAAUGUAUAGAAAAUUGUCCGGAACUUGACACUCUUAAUCUCUACCGCUCUAACAUUACAAUUAACACACUUACUGGUGCUGAUGAAAUAACUAAAAAUCGUACAAAUAAUAUUGCUUUGUGUAUAUUCUUUAAAGAUUUUGCAGGAGCUUCAACGUUAAAAAUUGAAUCUAACUGGUUAUAUCUCACGCCCCGGUGGUUUGAUAUUAAUUGA